CUGCGAUCAAGCCCGGCGCCAUAAAGUGGACUGUGCGUUCAUCAGUUCUGGGAACUUCUUGGCUUCCGUGAUUUCCUUAUCCUGAAAGCAUAUUUUCUUUUCAUACUUCAAGCUGUAAUAACUUUUUUGCUAUCAAAUGACGGCAAACAUGAGCAUCGUGUCGAAACCAAUGCAGACAAGGAAGAAGCCGAUCGUGCCGUUCUGGUGUGGAGGUGUUGCUGCCAUGACCGCCGCGUGCUUCACGCACCCAUUGGACCUGAUCAAGGUGCAUCUGCAGACAUCCACCGCACGCACCCGCAAGUCUGCGAUCCAGGCGACGCGUGCAGUAAUCCAAGAGACCGGCAUCCUGGGCCUCUACAACGGGCUGUCAGCAGCGCUGCUCCGGCAAGGCACCUACACGAUGACGCGAUUUGCAGUCUACGACCUGGCGAAAGAGCAGCUGGGCAACGGGACACCAUUAAACACCUGGCAGCUGGUGCUGGCAACCUUGUUGUCGGGCGUGGCGGGCGGCGUGGUGGGGAAUCCGGGCGAGAUCGUGAACGUGCGGAUGCAGAAUGACCAGGCGCUGCCAAGGCACCUGCGGCGCAACUACCGCAGCGCAGUACAUGGGCUGGUAGGCAUGGUUAGGGAGGAAGGGGUAAGGGCGCUGGCGAUUGGCCUGGGGCCGAGCCUGGUGCGCGCGACCCUGGCGACCGGAUCGCAGUUUGUCUCGUACGACAUUGCCAAGGCGAGGCUGCUGGAGGCUGGGUGCAGAGACUCAGUUGGCGUGCAUUUCGCUGCUAGCUUUUUGGCCGGCAUUGUUGCCACCACCGUGUGCUCGCCCGCAGAUGUCGUCAAGUCGCGGGCGAUGGCGUCGUUGCGCAGCCCCCCAGGCACUGCGCUGAAAGGCAUGCGGGAGCCAAGCAUCUGGCAGAUCUGCAGAGAUAUUUAUGUAAAGGAGGGCGUGGGCGCGUUCUUCAAGGGCUGGGUCCCCUCGUAUGUCAGGCUGUGCCCACAGCUCGUCAUCACCUUUGUCAUUUACGAGAAGCUGCGCAAGUCGUACUUUGCGCACUACGCAAAAUAA